GAUUAGCUUGUACACGCAUCAUACUCGGAAUAUGCUGGCUUCAUUCAUUUCCUCUCUCGGAUUUGUGGUCAAUAUCAUCAGCAUCGUCCCACCCAACCAAAUCGUCUUCACUCUCCACUGAGCUCAGCGUCCCCCGAAAAUGCUAGCUCGUCUCGGAGCCAGGCGUCUCCUCGAGAUCCGUCAAGCUCUCCGCUUAACUCCUCAGGCAUCUCGAUCCUUCUCCACUGCCUUGAACUAUCACCUUAAUACUCCGGAAAACAAUCCGGACCUUCCAUGGGAGUUUACGGCGGCGAACAAAGAGAAGGUUAAAGAAAUAAUAUCUCAUUAUCCAUCCAACUACAAGCAAUCCGCAGUUAUUCCUCUGUUAGAUCUUGCACAGCAACAGCAUGGAGGAUGGCUCCCUGUUUCAGCAAUGAAUGCUGUGGCUAAGGUAAUAGAAGUUGCUCCUAUCCGUGUGUAUGAAGUCGCAACUUUUUACUCAAUGUUCAACCGGUCUCCUGUGGGCAAAUAUCACCUAUUGGUUUGUGGCACAACACCAUGUAUGAUACGAGGUUCACGUGAAAUUGAAGAUGCAUUAGUAAAACACUUGGGAGUGAAGCGCAAUGAAGUAACCAAGGAUGGCCUUUUCUCUGUUGGAGAAAUGGAAUGUAUGGGAUGUUGCGUAAAUGCUCCUAUGAUUACAGUUGCCGAUUACUCCAAUGGAUCUGAAGGAUAUACUUACAAUUAUUACGAAGAUGUUACUCCAAAACGAGUGGUUGAGAUAGUUGAGAUGCUAAGAAAGGGGGAGAAGCCACCGCAUGGCACACAAAACCCACAACGCACUAAGUGUGGACCAGAAGGAGGCAAUACUACUCUGCACGGAGAACCAAAACCUCCUCCAUGUCGGGAUCUUGAUGCCUGCUAAAGCGCUAUGGAUUUGAGGAUGGUGAUGACCAAGUUGUAGUAGUGUGCGACUAAAAUGCGGAUAUUAAAGACGAUAGACAUUAACAUAUUUGCAGAAGUUGAAUAUAAGCGUGGAUGUAGUGACUUGCUUCAUUUUUCGUAAUUGACCAGCCCACUUCUGUAUUAGGUUAAGAGUUGGAUUAGGGUCAACGGAGGAAUCGAAAACUAAACCCAGCAGGCUCUGUAUCUGCAACUCUUCUGUUCUAAAACUUCUUGAAAUUUUUAUUAUUUUUUAAUUUUAAAUUAAUAUUUGUUU